AUGGUCAAUACAACUCCUUCUCCUGUGCAAGUACUACCUGGUGGGAGUUCGGACCCAUUUAGUGCUCAAGGUAUCUUGAUUACUCCUCGGAUUAAUCAACUCAUCACGUUCAUCAGAGAUGCCUACCUACCAGGAAUUUACAUCACCUCCUUUGUGAAGCAGCUGUGUGACGCGCCUCCAAGGAUCAUCACAAUAGCCGAGGGCUUCAAAGUAAUGGGUAGGCGCAAUGCCGAUAAGGCUUGGAUUUCCAUGAAAGAGGAACUCAAUGAUGAAGGGCGGGCACUUGCAUGGGCAGGCAGCUACGCAACAGUCAUGGCGCGUUAUUGCUCCAAGGAGACAGCACGAGAAAUCGCCGUCAUGGGCUUAUCGAUGAAAAUUAGAAGCAUCAGUAUCUUGAAAGACAAGCUCAGCGCACUGCGGCUCGACUCACAACCCGAUAUCGCCGUGUUAGCCCAGAUCGUGUCAUUGUUCAGAGCAUCAUGUAAGGAACGGGAUCUGACUGCUGCAAAAGUCCAUGCGGAGAUCAUUCGACGCCUAUUCAACAGGAUCACAGAGGGGACCAACCAGAUCCGGACAUUGUUCUUGACGCUUAUCAGCAACGACACGGAAGUCGCUGUCUCACACAUGCGUAGACCCUUUUUCAACUUCGAGACCUGGGUUCCACAUCAACUUUCGAAGUUUUGGUGGAGUCGUGGAGAGCCGGAACUUCCAAUUGUGUCGCUGGAAUAUCUGGAUCUGGACAGCUCCAUCUGUAUGUCGUCCACAAGGACAGCAUGUAUUCGACUCCGCCGUUACCUCGCCAUUCGCAAAACCCCGAUCAAUCUUCAUGACCCCGUCGAUUUUGAGCGUUGUGAUGCUAUUUUCAGCUGUCUGUCUACAUAUUCCAUGUUUGACCUGGGUGUCCUGGUCAGUGCGUAUCUCGACUUGUCUGCGGCAAAUACUCCAACGAUGAGUCCAGCACAAAGAUAUGCCGAAGAAAGUUUUGCUCUGACCACUUUAUACCUACAUCGUUGGGGGAUACAUCAAGCAACUGUGUAUGGAGGAGACCACCGUGAUAGUAUGCACCUCACGAUUAUUGGAUGCCUUCGGACCACGAUGAAGAAUGCUCUGAGGUGGUGCUCGCCCCAAGAUAUGGACCGCUACAAAACUGCUUUCCUCUGGGUCUUCUUUUACGGCGCUCGUUAUGAGUAUCGGAACACGUCAAGCAAGCUCAAUUUCAAUGAAGACCAGUCGAAAUUCUGGUUCAGCCAAAUGUUUGCUCGGCAGGCACGUUCCAUGGGCUUAACGGCAUGGGCCGAGAUCGAAGAAGUCUUGUGUCGCUUUGUGUUCUAUGACUUUUUGGAGCGAGAUCCCAAGUCUUGGUUCGAAGAAACCAUGUUUCUUUUUGACAUUGCGAAUGAAUUCAAUUACGAUUAUGAGAACUAA